AGGCCGGGAGCGCGGUUCAGAGCGGUCGUGGCUUCCCUUUCCCAGACGGCCCCGCGCGGAGAGUGGCCGCCGUGGGUAAGAUGGUGGUGGCUCCUGGGCCUCGCUGAGGCGGCGGCGGCUCGGGACCGGGAUGGAGCCUCGGGCCUCGGGUCCUGAGCGGCUCUUCGACGCGCACCGGUUUCCCAGCGAUGGCUUCCUGCUGCUGGCUCUGCUGCUCUACGCCCCUGUGGGGCUCUGUCUGCUUCUCCUGCGCCUCUUCAUCGGCAUCCAUGUCUUUCUGGUCAGCUGUGCCCUGCCUGACAGCCUGCUCCGGAGGUUAGGGUUUAUCGUGCGUGUGAUGUGCUCAGUGCUGGGUCUGUUUGUGCGGCAAAGUGACCCCCAUCUCCGGGAUUCCAAUGUCAGGGUUUAUAUUGCUAACCACGUGACUCACUUCGACCACAGUGUCAUCAGCCUACUGACCUCAUGCAAUACGCCUGCACUGAAUGGCACACCAGGUUUCAUCUGUUGGUCACGGGGAUUCAUGGAGCUGGGGGCGGUGGGGAGCCGGGCAGAGCUGGUGGAUUCCCUGAAGGUGUAUUCGUCCCAUGGGGGGAAUCCACCUCUGCUGCUGUUCCCAGAGGAGGCAGCCACUAAUGGCCGAGUCGGCCUUCUUCGCUUCAGCUCCUGGCCAUUCUCAAUCCUGGAUAUGAUUCAGCCGAUGGCUCUGCAAGUUCAGAGGCCCUUACUUGCUGUGAGUGUGGCCGACUCCUCCUGGAUCACAGAGCUGCUCUGGACCUUCUUUGUUCCCUUCACAGUUUAUCAAGUAAGGUGGAUGCCGCCUGUCUUCAGACAAGCUGAUGAGGUGAAUGAGGAGUUUGCGCUCCGAGUUCAGGAGCUCUUGGCUGUGGAGCUGGGCGUGGUUUCUACGCGACUCACUGCAGCGGAUAAAGCCGAGCAUAUGAAGAGGUUGAGAGAUACCCCGCCUCACCUCCUUGCCCCAGUCUCAAGCCAGCCCUUGGUUGCCAGGCCCAGGGCAUCUCCCAGCCUGGCUGGUGUCGGGCCUCUUGCUUCUGAGGAUGUGCGGAUCACGGAGAUGGCCCAGCGGGUCAAGGAAGUGCUCCCACAUGUGUCUCUGGGAACCAUCAGGAGAGACCUGGCCCAGACCAACUGCGUGGACACUACUAUCGCCAACCUCCUGGAGGGCCGGGUGCCCCUCCUCCCUGAGGACAAGGAGCCGGAGACCGGCCUGCUUGCUCCGUCUACGUCCCAGACUCCAGUGGCCUCCAGCCCUCAGUGCCCUGCAACUUCAUCCUCCUCCAAGCCAUCUAUGAAGCUCUUUGCGAAGUCCCCUGUGGAGAGGCAUUUGUCCCUGCAGGAGCGGAAACAUGUGCUGUAUGCCUACGCCAGGAGAGCUAGAGUGCAGUGUGACCUGGGCUGACAUGAACCUCUGUCUUCUGUCCCCUGGGAGUACUGGCAUUACAACACCAGGCUCGUGGGGGAAGCGGAGGGAUUCCACAUAGGCAGGCCAAAGAGCCCAAGGUUUUUAAGAGGACUGCCGUGGGAGCCAAACCUUCGGGUAUGUCUGGGGGUCUGCCUUUCUGGAACAUGCACUUCAGCCCGCACUAGUUCUUCAGUGUGUGUCAGCAUGGAGUCUGCUGUUGGUGAGCAUGGUCCUCAUGCACACUGGACCGGAGGCUUUUUGGAUUAGCUGUGUCUGCCCUGGCUGUCAUGAGCCCUCUGCUGCCUUGCUCUCCCAUACAAUGCAUGAAAGGUGGGGCAGCCAUGACCCUCAAUUCCCUCUUACCGCCCUUGGCACUGACAUGGAACCUGUAGUUCUCAGCUCAGGCUAAACUUUAUCAAAAUCCUCAGAAUCACUUCUGAUCGACUGUUUGUCAGCCAUGAAUCGAUCCCACCAUCGGGACUGAAUUCCAGUGGUCAGACCAGUCCAUACAGGCUCCUUAUAGUAGACUCUGCCCUGUGGGUUUCCAGCCCUGUCCAUCCUUCACUGGACUCAUUUCCCUGAAGGACGGACGCAGUGUGUGUCUCUUACCUGAGGGAAUUGAGUAUUCACUGUGCUUGGCCUUCUCUGCCAGACUGUGUGAGGUAUGAGACAGUCCAUGUGUGAGGUGGAACAGUCCCUGAAGGUCUUGUCAGAGCCCUAGGAAACAAGUUCCAGCAGCAGCAUCACCAUCUCGGACAGAUGCAGGCAGUGCUGCAGGGGAGCAUUGAGAACCCAGCACUGAGGAAGGAUCCGUCAAGACACUGGCAUUGAAGCCAGCCUCAGUGUCCAUGUCGAAGUUGGCACCAGCACCUCUGGGGUCAAAGUCAGGGAGCAAGAGGGACUGCUCUGAGCAGUGAGGCAGAAAUGAAGAAGGAGCUUGGUAUCUUCCCAUAAGGAUAGAAUGCAAAGCCUCCAAGCCCCAUGCGAGAUCAAGGGCUGGGGAGAUGGAGGUCCAGCCAGCACAGAGCCUGGCUCUGGAGAAGCACCUGAGCCACCCAGAGAGUCGAUUGUACUCCUGUGGCAUGUUGUUUUGGCCCUCUGUGGUGCUGGGGACCACCGUCGCCAGCAUCAAGAAGCCAGUCUCCACCACUGAGGAAAAGGAAGAGAUCGAUCUCUCUCUCCCUCCUUCCAGCAGGCCAUUGACACUUGAAUACCAGGAACAGCCAACUCCAGGGGAAGGGCAGCGCGAAACCCCAUCUCAGCACUGAAGAUCUCUCCCGUUAUCACCAGUGUUGUCAGCACUGAUUCCGGCACUGGGUGACUUUAAAUUGUUCUGGGAGCUCCUUGUGAGUGUUGCUGAGACCCUUGGCAAAUUGGAGAAAUCUCACAAGCUGUUUGAGCUCCUCUUGGCUUCUGGUUCAGCAGGAUCACCUCCCAGCCAACAGGAGGGACUGCUGGACCCAGCUAAUGGGCUGUGGCUGGCGUCUGCCACAGAGAAGCUAAUGGUGAAGUGAGUUGAGACGAAGUCCCAGGUACUGGCCUCCGUGGGAUUUGAGUUCUCGUACACUCAGCUGACCCAGCGUCCUUUGUUGUAUUGCUAGGCAAGAGAAGUUGAGGUUGAGCUAAAGCACAAAGACUCCAGAUGUCUCGACCUGCUUGGGAAGAAGUCAUACUCCAGCUUCGCUGCAGCUGCGCAUGGCUAACUGUCAGGCCCUGCUGGCCAAAUACAAUCUCCUGAUAUGGGACAGGGCAGCACCCUCAUGACAGCAGAGCAGAACUCAAGGAUGUAAAGCAGCUGGUGGUGAUGCUUCUGACACCAUGGUCAGGUCAUUGGGCACCACAGUGACCAUAGACAGUGCACUGUGGCUCCAGGCUGCGAUUGAGGAUGUACCCUGUGAAGGCUCCAGGCUGCUGAGCGAGCAGGGGGCGAGCCCUCUGCACUCACCGAAGGACUCAAAAGCCACCUUGUACUCUCUGAGGACUUGCACCCCUCCAUUCAACAGGCCGUAGCAUCCCCAGCCUCGGCAGCACACACUGUCUUGCCACACCAUACGGUCGGAAUGUCAUGCCAAGAAGCUCCCAAGAUACAACAUGGGCAUCAACCUUCCUUUUCCUCGGCAGUGCAUCCGCCUCUUCACACCUCAACGGAUCAACAAGACAGUCGAGAGCUGCACUGGACCUGGUCUAGAGAACACAACCUUCAGAAGCCACCUAGCCACAUUCCACCUGGCAUCGUCUGCCAUCACAUCAGAUAAAUGGAUGUUACAGAUCUUUGCCUGGGGCCACCCCAUCCCUCUUCCAUGAGAGCCUGCUACAAGUGGAAGAAGCCUUGUUGCUACAUCUAGAAGCCAUGGCAAAGGUCCAACAAAGAUUGGGAGAAGAUGCUUCUGCUCCUGGUAUUUCCUCACUCCAAAGGAGAAGGGAGGUUGUCUUCCAAUCCUGGACCUGAGGACGCUGACUGAACACAUACCCAUCCUGACCCUGAGACAGUGUAACACCUGCCUCCAUCAUCAUCUCUCUCCAAGCUCAAGACUGGUUCAUAGCUCUUGAUUUGCAGGGUUUAUACCCAGCCCACAGGAAAUACCUCAGAUUCACAAUGGGGCCUGAUCAUUAUCAGUGCAGGGUUCUGCCCUUCAGACUCUCUGGUGCUGAGUGUGCACCAAAGACCUUGCUGUAGAGGCACAUUUAAGAAGACAGGGAAUCCAUUUCUGUUCAUACCUGGACAACUGGCUGGUCAUGGGCAGAUCCCAGCAGGAGACUGGAACAGCCUUACAACACAACCUUUCCCUGUUCUCUCAGCUAGGACUCCUUUUCUCAUACUGUCGCAGACAAUAGAGUUCACAGGAGCUCCUACUGAUUCCGGAUCAGCCCAGGCCUACCUGCUGGAGGAUGGAUUCCACUUUCUUCAGUCAGAAGUAAAUGAUCUACGGGCAAGACCGACAGUGCAUGUGGGUCUGGGACUCUCGGGCCGCGUGCUGACAUGCACAUACGUGAUGCCACUUGCCAGACUCCACCUAUGACCGUCACAGCUGUGACUGCGGUCCAUGUAUUCCCCAUCCAGACAUCAUGAACAAGUGGGUAUAGUCUCUCAGAGUCCUGGGGGAACUCACCUGGCAGCUAGACCUGGGGAGCCUGAGAAAAGGGGUGGCAUUCUCUGGCCAUUCCCUGACAACUCUUAUCAUGGACGCGUCAGGGACAGGCUGCAGUGCUCACAGAUGCAAGGCACAUGGACAGUGACCUGAACCUACCUGUGACUGUCCUGGAGCUGAGGGCCUAUAUAGCAUUCCUGCUUGUUCUGCUGAACUCCAUCAUGCAAUCCUGACAGCACAUCUGGGCAGUGCUCG